UCUUGUGCUCUUAGAGUACUGGAGCAAUUUUCGUGGAAACCAUUUCAGGAGUUGAAAACUUUGCAAUAUACUUAAUAACAGGAACUUUGAAAUGUACCAAAAACGAACUUCCUCACUAAAAGCAAUCUAACUUUAAAAGUAACACUACGAUCAUGAAGAUAAUGAAGAUACAUAGUACUUUGUAGUUAGUAAUUAGCUGUGAGAUACGUGAAGUGACGAAAAUGAUAUCCACAUGGACUCCGCAAAAUUUUAGUGAUAUUUGUAAGGAACAGCAAGCUCCUUUGACGGCAUGUUCAUCUACGGGUGUAAUGUUCUUGGCCUUAGUGACGCGCCUGUUUGGUGGUGUCUCAUACAGUGUGCCGAACCUGACAAGAAAUCCAUAUAAGUUUUCAAGUCCAGCAUUACAAUUAAAUUCAGAAAUUCAGGGAUUGAAGUUCAAUAACCCAGUUGGCUCUUAUAAUUUCGAAUACGGGCCUCCACAAAGUUACCAUCACCACACGCAUCUUCGUAGAAAAGAUGACAAGGAUCUUUAUAAUUUUAAUACCUUUCAUCCUUCUUCUUCACGCUUCAAUAAUUUUCCUAUAGAAUAUAACAGUGACUUUCUUCAACCAGUGGAUUUAAAUUUAGUCAAAAAAAUGUUGGAAAAUUUUGGUAAACAUGAAGUGCUAGCGACAAAGGAGAAGACCAAGAGAGAGAAAAAACCAAAACAUAGAAAAAAUACUGAAGAAUAUUACGACUUUAUCAUAGUUGGUGCUGGAUCAGCUGGUUGUGUUGUUGCCAAUCGGUUAUCGGAAGUUAAGAAGUGGAAGAUACUAUUAAUAGAAGCAGGACCUGAACAACCCGACGUCACUAUGGCACCGUCGAUUGCAGCAAUAAUUAAAGGUUCUAACAUCGAUUGGAACUUCAGAACUCAACCCGAAGCACUGACAUGUAGAUCUGCUAGGGGACAAAGUUGUUCAUGGACAAGUGGUAAAACCAUGGGAGGUUCCAGUUCUGUCAAUUUUUUGGUAUACAUGCGAGGCAAUCGACUUGAUUAUGAUAACUGGGCAGAAAUGGGUAACUAUGGAUGGAGUUAUGAUGAGGUGCUACCGUACUUUAAGAAAUCUGAAAACAACCGAGACAUAGAAUCUUCUGACAAAUAUUACCAUGGAGUUGGUGGACCACUCAACGUAGAAAGAUAUUCUUAUACUGAUUUAAAUACUGUUAUGUUAGUAGAUGCAUUCAAAGAAAAAGGGUUGCCGUUAAAUGAUUUAACAUCAGCAGAUAAUUUUGGUACGAAUAUAGCCUCAUCUACUUCUAAAGAUGGUAAAAGAUGGUCAACAAAUAUUGCUUUUAUUAAACCAAUAAGAAGAAAACGUGCUAAUUUAAAUAUAUUAGUGAAUACACAAGCUACCAAAAUUAUUAUAGAUGCAAAGACAAAAUUAGCUCAUGGAAUAACAUAUAUUAAAAAUGGAAAGCUUUAUAAUGCAUAUGCUAAAAAAGAAGUUAUUAUUAGCAGUGGUGCAAUCAAUUCACCAAAAUUACUUAUGCUUUCUGGUAUCGGUCCUAAAGAACAUUUAGAAAGCCUAAACAUACCAAUUAUCACAAAUUUACCUGUAGGACAAAAUUUGCAAGAUCAUGUGACUACAGAAGCUCUUAUUAUAUCCCUAGCAAAUAAAACUUCAACGGCUGUUAAUGGGCAUGAUUUGUUAAAUGAAGUUAGCAAAUAUAAAAAACAACCUCUUAAAAAAUCUGGGCCGUUAUCAUCUACUAGUAUUUUGACAAGUAUAGCCUUUAUUAAAACCAAGUACGCUAGUGAAAAUGCACCAGAUAUACAAUUUCAUUUUGCUGGAAGAAAUGUCAAAGAAUUUUAUUCAGACCCUACAACGUAUUUGGCAACAAAUUUUUUCCCUUUCUCUUUCUACGAUGGGCUUACAGUUAGACCAGUUUUACUUGUACCUAAAAGUAGAGGAUUUAUUUUACUGAACCAAACUGAUCCAAUACUGAGCCAACCAUUGAUAUUUCCUCGAUUUUUUACAAAGAAAGAAGAUAUAGAUGUACUGGUUGACGCAAUGAGAUUCGCUGUUGGCUUAGAAGAAACUGAAAUAUUUAAAAACAAUGGUGCUAGAUUCGUCAGAGAACCAGUCAAAGGGUGUACAGAACACAUUUGGGGAACGUAUUCAUAUUUCACUUGUUUACUUGUACAAUAUACCAGCACUAUUUAUCAUACUGCAGGUACGUGUAAAAUGGGGCCAGAAUGGGACAAAGAAGCAGUUGUAGAUCCUAGAUUACGAGUUUACGGAAUCAAAAAUCUUAGAGUGGUUGAUGCGUCAAUAAUGCCUUCAAUAGUCAGAGGAAAUACAAAUGCACCGACAAUAAUGAUAGCUGAGAAAGCUUCUGAUAUGAUAAAAGAAGACUGGCUAUCACAAAGAUAAAUGUAAUAAUUUUG